AUGUCUCAGGUUGACAACAGAAAUUCUUCAGCAGCCAAGCGUGCUAGAACCGAUGGUAGUAGAAGGGAAGAUGAUUGGACCUGCCCUAGCUGUGGAAAUGUUAAUUUUUCCUUUAGAACUACUUGCAAUAUGCGUAAUUGCACUCAGCCAAGGCCAGCGGAUCAUAACUCAAAAUCUGCUGCUAAGCCUUUCCAAGCCCCACAAGGUUACUCAUCUGCUGCUCCCUAUGUGGGUUCUGCUGCACCCUCUUCAAUGUAUCUUGGUGUCCCACCAUAUGGUUCCUCUCUCUUCAAUGGAUCAUCUAUUCCACCCUAUGAUGUUCCAUUUUCUGGGGGAUCAGCAUAUCAUUACAACUACGGCAGCCGCCUGUCUACAGGCAGCCCCUACAGACCUCUGCAUUUGUCUGGACCAACACCUUAUUCUAGCGGAUCCAUGAUUGGAAAUGGUGGAAUGUAUGGUAUGCCCCCUAUGAUGGAACGGUAUGGCCUAGGUCUGCCCAUGGGCCCUGGUCCUAUGGGGCCAAGGCCAGGAUUCUAUACAGAUGAUAAAUCUCAAAAGAAGGGCGCAGAUGCUACACGUGAUAAUGAUUGGACAUGCCCAAAAUGUGGAAACAUCAACUUCUCAUUUAGAACUGUUUGCAACAUGAGGAAGUGCAAUACCCCAAAGCCUGGAUCUCAGCAGGCUGCAAAGAAUGACAAAAAUUCUAAGCAAAAAAUGCCAGAAGGUAGCUGGAAGUGUGAGAAAUGUAAUAACAUAAACUAUCCAUUCAGAACAAAGUGUAACAGACAGAACUGUGGAGCAGACAAACCAGCAGAGUCAAAGAAGUCCCCUUCACCUGCCCAGGAUGAAAAUGAUCAGUGCACCGGUUAA